CCGACAUGACCCGGAUAUGUACACAAACUGAAUAAAGAUGGCGGAUGAGCUGCAGGAAUCGUCGCAGGGAGAGAUGGAGGGAGUGAACUGCCUCGCACAUGACGAGGCCAUUAUGGCACAGCAGGACCGCAUUCAGCAAGAGAUAGCCACCUCUAACCCUUUGGUGUCAGAGAGACAAGAUCUCUCUGUGCUUCAGAGUGAAUAUGCUGCAGAGGACACCAUCUACCAACUCAAGAUAAAGGACCUUCACAAAAAGUAUUCGUACAUUCGGAAGACACGACCAGAUGGGAAUUGCUUCUACAGAGCCUUUGGCUUCGCACAUUUGGAGUCACUACUUGAUGACAACAAAGAGCUGCGAAGGCUCAAAGCUGUGGCAGCUAAGAGCAAACUGGACCUUGUAAACCAGGGCUUCACUGAAUUCACUAUUGAGGACUUUCACAACACUUUCAUGAACUUGAUAGAGCUGUGUGAAAAGCAACAAUCACUUGGAGAACUGCUGAGCUCCUUUAACGACCAGAGCAUGUCUGACUACAUAGUGGUUUACCUCAGGCUUCUGACCUCUGGAUACCUGCAGCGGGAACAUGCAUUCUUUCAGCACUUCAUAGAGGGCGGUCGCUCUGUCAAAGAGUUUUGCCAGCAGGAGGUGGAGCCUAUGUCGAAAGAAAGCGACCACAUCCAUAUCAUUGCCUUAGCAAAGGCCCUGAAUGUGCCCGUAUUAGUGGAAUACAUGGACAGAGGAGAGGGUGGAACAGUGAACCAUCAUAUCUUCCCUGAAGGAAGUGUACCACGCAUCUUCCUCCUGUACCGCCCUGGCCACUAUGACAUCCUGUACAUGUGAUACUCUAUAUAUUCUCUGUGGUCCCAUUGUGAAGAAACCAUCCCAAUUCUACAGCCAAGUUAAGCCAUACGGUCUGUAUGUGAGGCUGUGCUAUGAUUAAACACAAACAUUUCUCGGUUUUACCCUCAUUACAAAAUGAAUGAUUUUUUCAGUGCAGAAUGAAUUAAAAGCAAAUAACAGCAUUAGGGGUAAUACAGUAGGUUUUUUUGUGGUUGUAAAUGUUAUGAACUUGCUUUUAGUGUUCUCCUUUGUUACAUUGCCUUUCAUUAGUUUUAUUAAAGGGAUUUACACCUCU